AUGAGUCGUGCAAUGCAGAGUGUUAUUCAACAAUAUUUGUUUCUUACAUCGAUGUUUUUAAGCUCAAAUAGCUUUUAUUUUCCCACAUUCGAUGCCAAAUGUAAAUUUGCUGGACAACAGCAUACCACAUUUUGGGCUGGUGGUACCGUUGCUGGCACGGUCGAAUAUACUGAUAGUGAACAUACGGAAUGGAAUAUAACGCAUAUCGGCGCUGAACUGCACGGUCGCAUUGAAUUCAAAACGAACGUUUGGGAGAAGAAAAGACGUCGCGGCUAUACUUUCUCAGACAAACGAUUCAUAUUCCGGUCAGCCAUUGAUUCAAAAGAUUUUCUUUCAACAACCGGUAACUACAGUUGGCCGUUUACGUUUCGUCUUAGCAAAUUCUUACCACCUACGAUCAAACAGACUCAUUCCAAAAGCGCAGAACUUAUGUACUUCAUUUUGUUGACAUUUGAACGGCCCAGCUGGUAUAGAGCUAACAUUCGUAAACAGUGCUAUAUUGAUAUUCAACAUUUGUCGUCGUUCACGAAUGCAAAAAAAGUUGAAGAACAAAAAACAAAUCGAAAAGGUGUUCAUCUUCAUGUUAUUCUUCAUAAAAACAUAGUCGCUGUUGGAAAAAACAUUUCAUUGGAAGUUAACUUGCGUAAUCCAAAGAAAAAACUCAUACGUCGCAUAAUCGCCACUCUGUUCCAGAUAGUAUCAGGAGGUUGCAUCACAAAAGAACGUGCCGUUCUAAAUCAGCAGAAUCUCAAAGGAAUUGACUCAUUUCGAGGUGAAACGUUUCAUCAACAGUUGGAAUUACCUGUAUCUCUCAAAGCUGCAUCUACAUGGGCUGCAGAUUCUUCUAAUGGAUUUUUAAAAUGCAAACCACUGGUCGUGAGUCAUAAACUUCAAGUCGAAGCCGACAUUCGUGGUUUCUACACCAAUAUUCGCCUGGAACUUCCGAUAACCAUUAUCUACACGAAUGAAACACAAAACUGA